CGAUUAAUUCGAUAAACAAAGAAAUCGAAAUUCACGGAAUCGAUUUUCCUUUACCGAUUUCCGAUCUGAUUGAUUACAACGAUUGAUGAUCGGUAUCCUGUACCUAAGUAUCAACAUUCAACAAGGUAUUUAAUGCUGCUGGAUGCGUUUCUAAGGAGAUUUAAGCACCUUAUUGAUCAAAUGUUGAUAUCGGCCUUGUGUAAAGGAAAUGAGGUAUGAACUACGGUUUCUUACAUCCAAUGCUGUAACGACGAGCAGUGUUCAUCCACACGCGAUCUCAGUAGCACUCCAAAAUUGAUCGGUUUGUGUUGAGUUAUUUCUUAUUUAAAAUGGAAGAGGGCAGUAAGGAGAACCCUGCCUGUGACCAAGAGAACUGUGAUGAGAUCGUGACUAAGGAACAGGAUGCACCGACUGACAUCGUUUGUGAUGAAAUCAAAGGGCUGGACGCGAACAGGUAUGCGACGAAGAAGACGGUGGCGCAGGGCAUGCUGGACAUCGCCCUGCUGACGUCCAACGCGUCGCAGCUGAAGUACGUCCUGCAAGUCGGUCCCAAGCACGAGUUCUACACGCUACUGGUGGUCCUCAUCUCUAUAUCCAUCGUCCUUCAGGCAAGCGCGGGAGUCCUGGCACUAAUCAUAUCCUCUUUGGACGGUGAAGCCGACCAUAAACACAAGAAGCUAGCUGAUUGGUUGUACCACACGUCAGUAGGCAUGAUGACAGGGGUAGUGUUCUGUGACGUCAUCAAAAUGACAUUUGGCCUAGACCCCGCGCUUUCCCUGCAAGAUUAUCUUGGGAAUAAAACCUCAAGCUUAUACGAUACCUUCUUUAGGGUGCAAAAUACUACGCAUUAGUUCGAUCAGUGCCAUUGAAUCUGAUUAUUAGAAUACCUUUGUUACCUUAUAGGUACCUACAGCUUCUCAUCACAGCGUUUUCAUGAUACACUUCCAUUAUCGGAAAUAAUCUCAUAUACCUUUUACUGAAAUAAUCUCAUAUCUACCUAAAUAUAAUUCAAUUAUAAAAUCUUUUUGUGUUAUGCCUUUUUUAAUAUUUUGUUUCAGUUUUUUUUUAUUUCAGUUUUUUUUGUGCACAUUUUUAUUUUUUAUUUUGUUUUUUUU